CAGAUGGCAACAUUUAUGCUAAACAUUAGAAAAGUGUAGUUUCAUUUUUGUUGUUGAUGGUCAGUGAAUUCUGUUGAUGAGUUAAAUACUUUGUUAUUUCGAGUAAUAUAUUGAAUCUAUGGUGCUGCUUAAUUUCAAGCAAUAGAAAAAUGUCUGAAAGCUAUGAUUUCCUGUUUAAGUUUCUUGUUAUUGGAAGUGCUGGAACUGGAAAAUCUUGUCUUCUGCACCAGUUUAUUGAGAGCAAAUUUAAAGCUGAUUCAAACCACACUAUUGGUGUAGAAUUUGGUUCCAAAGUUGUCAAUAUUGGAGGUAAAUCUGUCAAAUUGCAGAUCUGGGAUACUGCUGGUCAAGAAAGAUUCAGGUCAGUUACAAGAAGCUAUUACAGAGGGGCUGCUGGUGCCUUACUUGUUUAUGACAUAACGAGUCGUGAGUCGUAUAAUUCUCUCUCAAAUUGGUUGACUGAUGCUCGUACUUUAGCCAGCCCAAAUAUUGCAGUUCUUUUAGUUGGGAACAAAAAAGACAUGGAGGAAGAGCGAGAAGUUACUUUCUUGGAAGCUAGUCGAUUUGCCCAAGAAAAUGAACUUAUGUUUUUAGAAACUAGUGCUCUUACCGGUGAAAAUGUGGAAGAAGCAUUUCUGAAAUGUUCAAAAACUAUUUUAGCUAAAAUUGAAGCUGGUGAACUGGAUCCUGAGAGAAUAGGGUCAGGUAUUCAGUAUGGAGAUGCUUCUCUCCGUAAGCUCUCGCGACACCAGCAGCGACAGCAAAAAUCUAUUGAUUGUGCUUGUUAAAUAUAUAAAUACCCCAGUAACUUGUGCUUUAAUGCAUUUGUGUAAGCAUUUAAGUCUUUUGAUUCCAUGUUUAUAUAAUAGCUUUAACUCCUGUUGUGAAUAAAAUGAUGAUUCCGAUGUGUAAAUAGUUGGGGCAAAAAAACUAUUCUAGUGCUUUUUAUUUUAGAUUUGUAUCUAUAAAAUAACUGUUAUUUCAUGUAUAUAUUGAAAUGAGUGCUUUUUUUGUUUUAGUAAUUACAUUAAAAUCCCGAUUAUCUCAAUGGAAAAGCUUGUAACAAAAAAUCAAUGUUAAACUUUUGAGAAAUAUUGUAGAAGAAAUUCAUUAAAAUAUGCAGAAUAUAAAUGUUACAUUCUUAUAGUUCUUGUGAAUUUGUUUAUAGAAUAUUUAUGAUGUAAAUGCAUGGUAUCCUUUUUGAGUUUUAUUUUUCUAAAGGUGUUUUUUAUUUCAUUAUUUGUCAACAUCAGAAAUUUGUCAGAAGGCAUUUGUUUGUUACAUUGUUAAAUGCAUUUUUUCCUUGUCGGAUAGGAAAAUAGUUUUAAGGACAUUUCCUGAACUUGAGUUAAGAAAAAAAAACCUUAAGUGCUGAAAUGUUAUCAAUGUAUUGACACUAUUGACCAAAAAAAAAUAAAAUGUGAGAGUUAUGAAAGUUGAGAGAAUUGCUCUAUAAUAUUGAGAGUACUAAUUUUUUGAAGUGAGUUUUUGGAUUUAGACUUAUUUAGUAAAAAAGAAAUUGGUUUUAUUGUUAAAGAUCUAAGUCCCUAUAAUAAGAUAGUUUUUAAAUUAUGUAACUUAUGUGUUACAUUUUCUUUUCAUUUA